AUGACUGAAAAUCUGCACAACACACCUAGCCUCGAUCAAGAACAAGGUGAUGGAGAAAAUCAAAUAAAUCCUCUCAAGAGAAAGGCUAUCUCGAGGGAUGAUGAUGCUUCUGAGCAUGAACAACAACAACAAUUAGAAAGGAUUCCGAAAAGGUUGAAAAAUUAUUUUCAAACACGGAAGGAAGAAAUUGAGUACGAUGAUCGUAUAGAGGAGGUUGAUUUUUCUUCAAGCCUCUCUAAAGGAACUGAAAUUAUUAAAACUUGGCACGUGAGAAAGGCUAGAAAUCUCUUGUUAGAACUUGUACAAAUAGAGGUCGGAGGAGUUGUACCCAAUAGUAUUAAAGAUGUCCUUGAUGAUGUAUUGAAGAGAAGGGAAGAGAUUGAAUCUCUUUCACUUUAUCUUGCUGAGAGGAUGGUGAUUAAAAUCCAGGUCCAUUCGACAGAUUUUAUCAAUGAUUUGUUGGAGAGUAAUAGAAUCAUUUGUCCUGCCAAUGAAAUUUCACAGGCAAAAAUAAUGUUUGGAGAUGAAAGUGAAGAGACUCUUAGAGAAAAUCUUCACAACUGGAAAAAGUACACAUUACCAAACUUGGUUGAAAUUCAAAAACAACUCAAUUUAGCCGAUGAUAAUGAACAAGAAGGAUUACAAAACCUAGACGAAAAUGAAAAGCAAGUAAUGAAAAAUUUAAUGGAAUACGAGGAAAUUACCCACGACGACGAUUUUGCCUAUCAUUUGGAUAGAAAUCACAAUCCUUUAGGAUAUAAUUACAAUGAAGACGAAAGACUGGAGCGUUUAAACAGCCUUGACGAAACAGAAAUCAAGGAGGUGCAUGAAAAGUCUCAAUGGAACAAUGCCUCUAACACUGAACCAGUUUUCGUUCAUUUCGACAAGGAAUCCAAAGAAUAUGUUUACACCACACAAGAACUUGAAGAAUAUGAUGGCUUUGUGAAUGAUGAGGCCUUUUAUUUCAAAUAUCUAUUCGAUGAAAUGUUGCCCGAUGAAUCACAAACGAAAUAUACUGAAAGCCCUUUUGCCGAUAUGAAAUUUUCCCUGGAGCCAAAAUAUCACAAUCCAUUCCUUUUUAUUCUUGAAACAACAAUGACCAUGUUUGAAAAGAAUCAGACACCACAAGAACAUCACUCGCUUGAGGUUUCUUAUUUGAGAUUGGCUACUUCCUUAUUUAUUUUGAAUUGUAUUAAUACCGAGCUUGUGUAUCUUUUAAACCGAGUUUCCAAGAAAUCUUAUGAAUUAAUGGCCAGAGCGACAGUGAGAGGAGUAAUAGACUCUUUUAUUGAUAAUAGAAAUUUCUCAUGCUUUAGAAUGGAUCACGAUAUUUACACUUACAGUGUCGUUACUGCAAAAGAGAAUGAAAUGGUGAAGGAAAUUGAGGAAGAUUUAAAUUAUGUAUUGAAUGGAGACGAUUCUACUCUGAGAGAUGAUGAAAGUGACAAUGAAACCAAUGAAACAAUUGGUACAAUCAUCAACUCUGAAGAGAAAGAUAAGGAAAAUGUGGAGCCAACCUUUAAUGAAGGUGAAAAUGAUGCAAACGAAGAGCCAAUGUUGAAUGAAGACGAUGACCAUGAAGAUAAUGAAGAUGAUGAAGAUGAUAAUGAAGGAGACGAAGAAGAAAAAGAAGAAAAAGAGAAUCAAGACGAAGAAGAUGAAGGAUAUCUUUCCAUGGAUACAGAUACUGAUACCGACAGUGAUAUUGAAAACGAUAACUAUAUGGUUGGGCAUCCCUUGUGGGAUAACCCUAUGGAAAUAUCCCAGUUCGAUAUUGAAGAAAUGAACCAUUACAAGAGAAAAAUGAUAGACCCAGUAGCAAAAUCUCUUUCGAGCACUUUUGAGUUUCUUAAAAGUGAUCACACAGAGACAGAAGAGGAACUAACCUUGAAUGAAGACGGUGAAGAGGACCUCUAUGAGGAGAGAAACGUUAGAGAACCUAUUGUCAACCAAGAAUUGGUGACACAAUAUUAUUCUGAUGAUGGACACUUUGUGAACGAUGAUAACGCAGAAAAUGAUGUUUGGGGAUCAAUGACAAUUGCCAUUCCAUGCGCUGAACACAUAUUAGAUUUUGAAAUUAGUAUGGAAUCACAACUUCCAACUAGCAAUAGCAUUUAUCGUGAUUUGACCAGAUUGAUGAGAAGAGGUUCAGUUAUGCAUGCAGAUUCAGGUGCCUACUUUGAAUCGUUCUUACAACUCAAAGAAUAUAUUCAAGGUGUGGUUGAAUGGAUUUCCUUGAAAAAUACAGAAAAAACUGUCACUGAGGAGGACAUGUUGAAUGCCUUAAAGUUUGUACAUAGACCCCAUUUCACAGGCGGUCAUGGUUCAUAUGAUUUUGAAACUCCUUGUGAGUAUGUUAAAUGUGAAUUUAAAUUUGAUACAAAACCGCAAUUCCCUCCAGAAAGUCUAACUGAUGUGCAAGUUGAAAGACAAUUUUUCUAUAAUGCACAACCAAUAGAGAAAAGGGAAAUAUUGGUAGAUGAAAGAUUUGAAAAUAAUGAUCCUCUUACCGAUAACAACCAUCUAGCUGAUUGUAUUUGCCAUUUUUUAGGAGACAUGUCAGAAAUUCCAGGAUCUAAUAUCGUUUGUGACACAUUUAUAGAAUUUGAAGAUGGAAGAAAAUUGGGACUUUAUUCACCUCUUAUCAAAAUAAGAUGUCCUAUUUUUUUUAAUGAUUUUAUGAGUGAUUCAAAGCAAGGUAUUUCCGUACAAACUAUUAAGGAGAAAUUGCCUCGUGUUAAUUUUGAUAAUCUUUAUGAAUUUUUUGAAUAUGUUUAUCGAGGGGUCACAGAUUUAGAAGAUCUUGAGGGAUCACUACUUGACAGUUAUGUUCAUGCAAUUGAAGCUAUGUUUAGAAUUGAAGAUGGAGAAAUGUCGAAAGAUACCACUAUUCUGUACAAUGAUUCGUUCAAUUCCUGUUCUACUUUAUACAAAUUGUGGAAAGAUGAUAGUACAAAAGAUUUUACACUCUUCUUCAGAAAUGAUGGAGAUGAGAAGGUUGAAAUCAAAGUUCACAAAUUUAUUCUAGCUUCAAGAAUUGAGUUUUUCAGAAAGAUUAUUAUUGAAAACCCUGAUUUAACAUGCUAUGAUCUUUCAGAAGUGGUUAAGAAAGAGUUGGUAUUGGAAAGAUUUGGUUUUUAUCUCUACUAUAAUGAUCUAAAACUUCAAACAGAUAGGUAUGUUGAAAGCAAAAUGGAAGAAGAUUUGGAAGGGGUUGAAGAAAAUAGCGAAAAUGAAGACAAAGAAAUGAGUGAAAGUGAGAAUUCAUCCUCCUUACAGAGCAAACAAAAUGAAGAAAAGGAACCAAGUGAAAAUGACGAGAACAAUGAAAUGAUAAAAUCUCCAGAAAAUUCUGAGAAUACUGCCGAAGAGAAUGAAGAGGUUGACGAAAUUGAAGAUGAGGAAGAACUUACUUUUGAUGAGUUUGUAGAACUUUUCAAACUGGCUCACAAAUUUAAGGAAAAUAAUUUAUCAAAGAUUGCUUCUAGAAGUAUUACUCAUGAAAUCAAUUAUACUAAUAUUGUAGAUUUCCUUACUUUAUCCAUCGAUUGUGAAUCCUAUGAUUUAUUCAAAGCAUGUGAAUUCAUUUUACUUUCCUCUGAUAAGGAGCUAGUUGAGCAAGUAACAGAGCUUGAAGAUGAGAGAGAAUAUUUCAAUACUUUGAGAGGACCUAUUGAUGAAUCGAAUGUUAUAGAAAAAUUGUCCUAUGUGAUGAGAAUUUUGAAUGCCCCAAGUUGUGAUUUGGACUUUUUAUUCAUUUAUAGUCUUGAUGAAUUCCACAAGAGAAACCUUAUUUGGUACAUUGUUAGAAAUAUUUCAUAUUUGAAUACAAAGGUUAUCCAAUCUCUCCAAUUCAUUCGAGUAGAUGAUAAGACAAAUUGUGCUCAACUGGUUCAAUCUUUAGCCAGAAGAUACCACUCCUCUCUCGAUUCUUUCACUAACAUUCCAACAACAGGAGAAUCUUUCCAACAAGACGAAUAA